GGGUCGCCGCGCUUAGUAACCCUGUCAUGCGUGCGUACACGCCCGGGAAACUUAGUUGAAUUCAAAGGAAUACGUGCGGGAUUAAGGAAAACAUAAUCCGACUGCCGAUACUCUGGCAGUCCGUGCGCGGCGCCAGUGCACUGCUGUUGCACGCAACUCCCGCAGAACACUCUGAGCGACCCGUUCCUUGCUGCCCGCUCCCAAAAACCCCGGCGGAAUUGCGUGUUUUUGCUGCCAAGCCCCCACUUCAAAUUUUGUCUCAAGGAGCAGCAUGGCAACCGUGCUGCCUAGCUUCGACAACCACCCGCUGCUCGCCGAUGCCGAGCUCGAUUGCCUCCUGGACGACGACUGGGCCGCCGCGGAGCUGCAGUCGGCGGACCUGCAGCCCCUCGCCGCGCCUCCGCCGGAGGCUGCCCCGGAGCCGGCGCCACCGACGCCGGUCGCCAAGGCGGGCUCCGCGGUGCUCAUCGAGCCGCCGGCCGAGGUCGCGGGCUUCGUGCGCACGCUCUUCACGCUGCUGCGCGUCUGCGACCCCGUCGUCAUCGGCUGGUCCCGCGACGGCAAGGUCUUGUUGGUGCGCGACCCGGCGCGCUUCGCCGCCGAGGUCUGCCCGAAGUUCUUCCGGCACAAGAACUUCAACAGCUUCACGCGAUUGCUGAACAUGUACCAGUUCCACAAGCGGCCGCACGAGAAGGAGCUGGUGGGCAACGGCGUCGCCUUCGCCCACGAGUCCUUCAUGAGAGGGCGGGAAGACCUCCUGGCCAAAAUUAAGAGGCGGCGCGCGCCGAAGAAGGCUCCGGCCGAGAAGAAGAAGCGCAAGGCGUCAACCACAAAACCCGAGGACGCGCCGGCCUGGAUGCGCCGCGUCGUCGACCUGGAGUCGGAGCAGAAACGAUUGAAAGCUGAGAACGAGCGCCUGCGCCGGAACGAGGCCGAGGUCCGCGCGCUCCGCGACCAGGUCGCGCAGCAGCGCGCCUACAUCGGCCAGCUGAGCGCCACAUUGGGAGGCGGCGUCCCGAACGCGGCGGCGCUGAACGGGUUGGCCGCGGCGCUGAUGGCGGCGCCGGGCUGGGCCCUGGGCGCCGCGCCGCCGCCACCACCGGCGGGCGACGAGCCGCUGGACCGCGGCGCCCGCAUGAUCCGCGAGCUCCUCGAGGCGUCGGGCCUCUCGGCCGCGGACGUCGGCGCGCUCGCGCCGGUGCCGCCGGCCGCGCCGGAGGAAGCGUAGCCCCCUUCUCGCCUCGUAAGAUCUACUUUUUUGGA